AUGAAACCGUCGGUGUUACAGACGCUGCUCGAGCCCGCGGCAGCAUUGGCGGUAUUGAGUAAGAAGCAACGCCAGCAACAUUCCACCUGUACCAACAACCGCCGCGAUGCCGGUCGAGGCCUGCUGCACCAGGACAAGUGUGGCCGGGUGCCGGUCUUCGCACUGGCACUGGUGUUCUGUGUCACCGUGUACCUGUACUUCACGACCACCACGUGGACCGAUACGACCCAGAUGAUCGUGACCAUUCCGGCGGAUGACGCCGACCUUCCUGGACCAAAAGACCAAACUGCAACAAAAUGCACCAUCGAGCAGCUUCGCGUUGCACAAGCGAGAGCAGACGUACUGCCACUCACUACCAAUACCAAUCGAAUUAUUCCAAUCGUUCCCCAAACCGAUGCCGCCGCCAUCAACCACUUGAUCACCAACGUUACCCCUGCCACCACCAACACCAUCCCGAUCGCUAACGGGUGCGGUCAAUCUCCUGAUCAUGCGAUGAUCGGACCCUGUCCCACUAACACCUCCACCGAUGCCACCGUCGAACCACCGGCUGAUCCGAACGCUCCAGUGCCAAAGGGCUUCAUCGUUUGGGGGCCAGGAUGUCAGAUUAUGGACCUGAAUCCGGUCGCCAAGGAUGUGAUGCGGCUGUUCAGCAAGGAGCGGUUUGUGCCGUGCAGCCCCAAGCAACCGCUGACAACGAUCGAGCAGAACUUCGACAACGACACGGUCCUGGUGCGGUUCCACCGGGACCAGAUGGAGGCGUACAUGCCGCACUACAUGCGGUACGUUCGGUGCUGUUAUCAGAGCAUCGAACGGGCAGGGACGAAGGAUAAGGCUGACAAAAACUUCUGGGUUGGAGAAUGUAUCGCUUUCAACGAGUCCUUUUUGCUGCCGUCAACGGUGCGGAACGGUAUCCUAGUACGGUGUAAAGCCGGCGUUUCCGAGUCAAGCAAAUCCAAAAAGGCCAUCUACACCAACGUACACGCUUUGGUACGUCCGCAACAGAGCGUCCGAGAGCGAAUGGACAGAUUCAAUGGUCGCACGGAAAAGCGACCACUCAGCGUACUUAUGAUAGGCAUUGAUAGCAUAUCGAGACUGAAUCUUAUCCGUGCGAUGCCCCACACGGCCCAGCAUCUCUACGAUACGGGCUGGUUUGAGCUGAAAGGGUACAACAAGAUUGACGACAACACCUACCCGAAUCUGAUGGCCAUCCUGACGGGGUAUAACAACUCGCUCGCGUACUCGGUGUGUAACCCGAAGAAAGUCGGCCAGCUGGAGGAGUGCCCGUUCAUGUGGAAGUACUUCGCCGACAGUGGAUACGCGACGGCCUACGCUGAGGACGAAGCCAGCAUCAACACGUUCAACUACCACAAGUAUGGCUUUGUGGCGCAACCGACUGAUCACUACUUCCGGCCAGUCGCACUGGCCGCUGAGAAGAACCUGUCGAAGAAGAUGAAGAACUCGCUCACGUUCUGUCUCGGCUAUCAGAACUAUGCCGAUUACAUCUAUCAGUACGCGCUGGACUUUGCGGCGCAGUACAAGAACGAUCCUUACUUUGGGCUGUUCUGGACGAACACGUUCAGCCACAACGAUAUCAGUGAUCCAUCGUCAAUGGAUCGACGCAUGAAGUACUACGUCGAGCAGUUGGAUGAGCGGGGCAUCUUGAACAACAGCAUGGUUGUGUUCUUCAGCGAUCAUGGGCUGCGUUUCGGGCCAGUGCGGAUGCUCCUGACUGGCUGGCUGGAGGAGCGACUCCCGUUCAAUUUCAUCUGGUUGCCGGAGUGGUUCAAGGACGAACAUCCCGAGAUCGUGCAAGCGCUCAAGAUCAACCGCAAUCGGCUGACGAACCCGUACGAUCUACACGUUACACUUAAGCACGUGCUCGAGCUGUCAGGACGCAUCGACAACUUGCCAGGACCGCUUAGUUGCCCGAACUGUCAGAGUAUUUUCACUGAGAUGCCCUGGAAUCGAUCGUGUGAGGAAACGGCGAUCGAAUCGCACUGGUGCACCUGCGCCAACUUCCAACCCAUCGACCGGAGGUCCUCGAUGGUGCAGAAAGCGGUCGCAUUCGUGAUCGACUACGUCAACCGGGACUUGGAGGAUCACCGCAACAGCACGACGACGAACUACGCUUGCGCAAAGCUGACACUCGGAUCGAUCACUCUCGCUAAAAUGGCCCGCGAACCGAAGGGUAAGCUACCGUACAACGAUUAUCUGCUGAUAUUCGAAGGAAAACCGGGCGGUGGGAAGUUUGAGUCCACGGUCCGCCAUUACCAGGGCCGGGAUGCGUUCGAGAUCACCGGUUCGAUCAGCCGGUUGAACGAGUACGCUAGUCAGAGUGAGUGCAUGCACGUGGACUACCUUCGCAAGUACUGCUAUUGCCAGCGGACGAAGAUCUUCUAGGCUUUCUAGACUUUCGGAAGGGCUUUCAGAUGACUCGAGCACCCGGGAUGUGUUGAACGUAUCAACGAAUGAUCAAAAAUUGCCUCGAGCACAAUAUCAAAGCACGUACCAGGUACGGCUUUGACGUACUUCCCCGCAAGAACAAACUCGCUCGCAAGACAAAACGUAAGUCGCGGCCUAAAUUACAAAUUGUUCUCUUUACGUCUUAUCUAUGUUAGUAACGCUUAUAAAGCAAUCUCCCCCUUUACCAUUCCACAUAUUGAAAUUUACCCUUCUCUUUAUGGUUUAGUC